UCUAUUCGUGCUUCUUCGUUUUGUGACGUACGACGUCGACGUGUUGACAUUUUCAUACCAUUCAUUUCACUUUUUACUUACGUGUCAAACAAGCGAGCCUUGUGCGCUUCGGCACAUUUAAUUUUAGGAUUUAAUUGACAAAUAUAACUGAUAAUCAAUAAAAAUGGCCCCAAAACAGAGGAUGCGCAUCGCCAAUGAGAUUGCCAGCAAAAACAUCACCCAGCGAGGCAAUGUACCCAAAACGACCAAGGAAAAGGAAGACCAGUAUCCAGUAGCUCCCUGGCUCCUAGCUCUCUUCAUCUUCGUAGUAUGCGGCUCCGCUAUCUUCCAAAUAAUCCAAUCUAUCCGACUGGCCUAAACCCUAGACUCCCCGACGUGGCUUGAGUUGUUUCUACUCGCCGUCAGAUGUCGUUGUGUGCUAUGGGAUGGUGGCUGUCACUUUAGUUUCAUUCUCAAACGUGUGGCGGCGCUUUUAUCGCUAUAUAGUUUAUAGGUGUUAAUAUUUUUACAAGAAUUUAUUUUAACACUUUGAAGCGACAUCUGACGGUUUUAUCACGUUAAUAUUAUAAUACCAGUUUUACCAAAAUAAGUUACUUCUUUGGUGUUUCGGCUGAUUUUUUUAUUUGGCCUGAUUAGAUAAUUUUAUACCAGCCAGGUUGUGAAUUGACUUGGGGACUUAAUCAUUCCAAUUUUUAACACUUGCCGAUUAAAAAUUCAACUUUCAUUCAUCGGUCUUCUCCAUUUUUUACUGAAUUUAUUAGAAUAUAAGUGACUUUAUCUUAAGUUGUAAUAAAUGUAGAAAAUCUUGUCACUUAGAUUCCAGAAUCGCUCAAGCCACCAUCCCAUAGUAAAUGUGAUAUUUAGUGUUCUUAUACACUGUUACAUCUUGCAACUAAGGAUGCAAGUCAUGGGACUUGUACUUUUUUACAAGUUUUGUAAUUAAGUGUAUAAAAAUGUUACAUGUGCGUCUCUCUAGCUUACAAUGGUUACAUCUUUUAUCUAGCGGUAAGCGCAGAAAUGCAUAUAAUCUCAAUUUUCAAAUGUACGAACUAUAUUCUUGUAUAUUGUAAAGUAAAAUUACGAAAUCAAGCAUUUAGAAUUCGAGAUUCCAUUCCUUUUAUUUGACGCACAAAGAUGUGUAUACAUUGUGUUACGUUUUUAACCGACAUAUAUGAAAUUAUUUUACCGCCACUAGGAUUACGGAAAUCAGUGGGUGUAUUUUUAAUUAUUUGUAAUUUAUUUGAAAUGAAAUACAGUAUAUUUGUCUCUUA